AUGCGUAGGAGAGCUUGCCAGAGCGCCACAGGGGUCCAGGGCGUCUCUUGCAGGCUGUGUUUUCUCGCUGCCCGCUGUGCCCAAAGUGCUGUUUCUGGCGCUUUCGCCGCAGGCGCAGUGUCUGUCACUGGGCGCACACCUCACGUGCAACAGGGCCUUUGCGAGGGAGCUCCCACUUCUAGUCUCAUCGUCUCUCAUCUCCCCUGCUCUCCUCUCAUCCCUUUCUUUUUCCACUCGCUCUAUAUGUUUCUCUCUCGGACGCGCUCCAUCUUUUGGUUUUGCAUGACCAUCGCCAGGGGCAGUUGCGUGCCGCAGCUGUGCUUGUGGUCGCUGAAGCCAGUUUGA